AGUUAGGUAAUUAUUGCAAGAGCGGAAAUAAAUUAACCGGUAACAAUAAUCAUUGCUAUCAGUUGGCUUUGGCAAUCGUGAAACGAAGGUAAGUUGACUUCAAAAGACGCUGUAACGGUCAUCGAGAUUCCAUUGCAUUAUAUUCAAACCGUUCAUUUUUCCAAGGCAUAUCUUACAUAUAAGGUAAAUUAUUAUUCAUUCAAAAUAUUUCUGACUUCUGAACAAGAUUACCUCCUGGUAGACUUUUUUCCAAACCUAUUGGCCUAUUUCUCAGUACGGUACAGAUGUUUUUCCUUGCAGAUACUCCUUAGAAAGUAGAUUAAAAUCAUCGAGCGAUAAGUUUAGCGUAUUCUUCUAUUACUUCCGUUCAGAUUUAGUUAGAAAUCAGCUAUUUUGUUUUUGGAUAGCCGUGAAAGGCAUUUCUUUCUUUUAGUUCACUCGUGAAUAAACAGCUUGGCGGCUUGACGAUGGUCUAGCCCAAGCAGCCUUUUUUCCAAUAACCCAAAUAUGGUAAGCGCCAGUUCAAGAAGAAUUAUUAUUAUUUUUUUUGGGGGGGGGGGGGGGGGGGGGGAGCGAUUAGAGUCUUUAGCCUCGGUACAUAACAUCAUAUUCGAUCUGCAUAAUUCUUCACAUCCUACUCAGCCUCAUUCAAUAAUUGCUAAGUGUUAAUCAUAUUCAUUGAGUUUUGCGUUGACCUACUCACGAUAUUUCAUAUCAUGAUCAAACUUUAAUUCUAGUGCACAAGUUAGAGGACCUUGAUGAUGCGAUCACGAGUUAAAGUGACCACCAUGUUGCUUGUACUGAUAUUUUCCCUCACUGGUCUCUGCUCUGCUAAGGACAACAAACCACCAGACACCAAGGUAACUGCAUUUAUACAUAUAUCAGAUAUUGCCAUUACACAUUUUUUUUAUUACAGUUAAAUAAUGUUAGUUUAUAGAGACAACUAGGAAUGACCCAUUAUAUGUUAAUUUAACUAAAUCAGUCUGCAGGUUGAUUAAGAAGACAACCAAAUUCAGACGAAAAAUAAGAUGGUAUGAUUACUUGUACAACUUGAGGGAGAACAUUUUCACGUUUUAAACAAUCAAAAUUAACAUUUUUACAAAUUAUAAAACAGCUUCUUUACUGGAAAAUAAACUUCUUCUUACAAAUCACAAUUGACGAUUUCGUUAAAAAAAAAAAGAACAAUUAAAACUUGGAAAAUUAAGGAACUACCUCCUCGCCUGAAGUGAAAGGCUAGAUGACAGGUAAAAUUGUGAAGAGCUAUAGCAGUUUGUCGCUGACUUUUUUCUCUUUUUGGCAGCCUGUUCAAUCUUGUCCUUCCUGUAAUAAUGGCGGACAAGCCGGGAUGUGGACAUACAUGACAUGCAUCCCAGGAGCCCCUGGGGCACCUGGUCGAGAUGGAGCCAAAGGAGACCUGGGCAGCCCGGGGAAGACUGGGACCCAGGGACCACGUGGUGCUGAUGGAAAGAAAGGAGCAAAAGGAGAGUCUGGGAUCCAGGGUUCCGCCGGACAAAAAGGAGAGCGAGGGGACAAAGGCGACAGUGGAACGCCACGACUGGCUUCACACAUGAACUGGAAAGAGUGUGCUUGGAAAAAGGCAGACGGCACUGAUUCAGGACUGAUAUAUGUAAGUACGGAACGUCACUUUGUUACCCGAGUUAAAUAAUAUUCUAUUAACUCAAAGUAAUUAAUUUUUACUGAAAUGAUUGAUUGCUAUAAUUCUGAAGUCAGCGCGCGGUCAGCGAUGAUGAUGGCUGCUUCUUUUGAAGCUACGGAGUUUUCUGUUAAAGCCGGGCCAUAAUCGGUUUUAUUACACUGUGUCCUUCUCCAUUCUUAAUUUUCUUGCUUAUCUUAUGUACAUGAUUUUUUUUUGUCGAAACACCUUGUGUUAAUUAAUAUUGUACAACUGAUGUAUUAUUUUUUUAUAGACUGGAGUAAAUAAAAAUAAACCACAAUACGGAUGCUGUUUCUUUAUAUCUCGUUUAGAACUGUGACUUUGUGAAGAAAUACGCGGACACUGCCCUCCAUGUCUACUAUGCUGGUAACCUCAGGAUUCACGGAUGUGACGACUGCUGUAGUCGCUGGUAUUUCACCUUUAAUGGAGCCGAGUGCAGCUCUCCUGGAACUAUUGACGGUGCAUUCUACAUGGCAACAGGCAGCAGAAAGCACAAUCUUCACCGUCACCGCCACAUUGAAGGGCACUGCAACAACAUUCAGAAAGGAAAGGUGCGAGUGGGAUUCUCGGUUGGAAAAUGCGUCACAGGACAUAAGCUUGCUGACGCAUACACUGGUUGGCAUUCAAUGAAUCGCAUCUUCAUCGAAGAAGUACCGAAAGCUCAGCAGUAG